GUUUUCUUUCACCUUCCAAAGAAUCCUUAUUCUGUUCUCUCUCUCUCUCCCCCAUUUCCAAACCCUAAAGACAGGGAGAAUUGCAGAGCUUCAAAGAGAGGGAGAGAGAGAGAGAGAGAGAACCAAAUAAGUAUUGAAAUUCAUUACAGAGAAAAAUCAAUCAACUCAAUCAAAAAGGGCGAAAAUAUAUCAUAUUUGCAAUGCUAAAUCUAUUUUCUCCAUUCCAGUUUCCAUUUUCUUUCAGAAAUCCAGCUUUUCCAUGAUUGCUGCAUAGAAGAAAAGGAAAGAAAAGAGAAGCCACCAAAUGAUUUCGAAUCCAGAUCUUAUCUUCUAUGCUUGCAUUGCAAAAGGACCCACAAUCCUUUCUGAGUUUUCGUCCUCCAAAGAGCCGGGAAUCGAAGAUAUAGCUAAACAAUGCAUAGAGAAGACCCCUCCUCACCACUCCAUGUUCUCCCAUACCAUUCGCAAGAAGACCUACACCUUCUUAAUCCAUGAACCCUUUGCCUAUUUCGUCAUCUUCGAUGAAGAUCUGGAGAAAUCGGAGUCUAUGUGGUUCUUAGACCGUGUAAAGAUCGCUUUCGAGGAGUUAAUUGCGUCCAAUCCAAUCAAAGAUUUUGAUAAGCUCACUUCCCUUUGUUUUCAAGGUCAAUUCUAUCCUAUUUUCCGCGAGAUACUUUCAUUGGAUGUAGACUUGAUGGAUUCUUUAUUGGAGGAACCAAAGGAUGUUAGGAAUCCAAGUAUAGAUUCGACGAGGGGAAAGAAGUCGGUAGUGAGACCCUUGCUUUCGAAGCCGACUAAAAUGGUGAUGAAGAAGAAGAAGAAACCAUUAGGUUGUGCUGGUGCCGGUGGCGGAGGAGAGGCAAAUGGGGAUCGUCAUAAUCUUAAGGAUGGUGGUGGUGCUAUGAUGGAUAGUAAGGUGAAUCAUGCGUAUGAGAAUGGAAAUAUUGUGGGGAGUAGGGAGUUUUCAGUUUCGAUGUCCCACAAGAAUGGUGGGUAUUAUUUGGCUGAUAACAAACAAAAGGUCAAGCAGAUUUGGAGGAAGCACGUUUGGGUGAUUUUGAUAUUGGAUUUGGUUAUUUGUGCUGUUCUGUUUGGGAUUUGGUUGUGGGUUUGUAGGGGUUUUAAAUGCAUUGAUGGUUGAAUUGGAAUAUCUUGAAAUAUUAAGAAUAAUGUGGGUGUUAGAAGAGGAUUCUGCAUCAGAGAUCAGAGGACAAAUUUGGGAGAGAAGAGUGUAAAUUGGUUCGUCAGAAAUUGUUGUUCCUUGUUCUGGAGUUCUGUUUGGCUUCCAUUGGUAAUAUUUUUUAGCUUCUUGAAGAACUCUUUGGACAAACAAUUUCUGGACAAGUCGUAUAGCUCGUCUUCACAUGCAUAAAUUUCUUGUAUUGCAAUGAAACUGUGAAUACCUACAAGCUACAUACAAAAAUUGUGCAGGCUUUUGUCUUUUUUUUUCCAGUCUUUGUAGCUGCUGGUUAUGAAAUGUUAUUGGCUUAAGCUUCCACAAGUUACUUUC